UCAAGCUAUGUCCUUUCGAAGCUAAGUAUAACACAGUCCCAAAACUGUACAACUCCCAGGCACAUCACCACCACACUGGAAAGCAGCGUGUCACUACAGACUUCUUUUCAAACUGACUUAAAAUCGUCGUGGUACCAUGGUCCUCUCCACAGAUUUACCUUACGUAACUGAUAUUCCAAAUAUAACAGCAGAAAAUAUCGAUCGUUACCUGCAAUUGGAUCCUUUAUUUACUGAAUACUUCAAUGCAUUCUUGUCCACGGAGAUUUUCUUGAACCCAAUACAUUUCAAACCAGAAUUAGACUGCUUUGAAAUAUUAGACACCAAUACCAAUACGGAGAAGAAAUCUGAAAAUGGAACUGAUUCUGAGAGUCAAGAAAGUGGUGAAGAGCGAAAAUGUGGCCCUGACCCCAACAGCAUAUAUAUAAACGUCUGCAAGAACAGUUAUUCAGCCAUUCCACUUAUAAGUGUCAGAAAGGAGAAGAACCCGAAAACAAAAAAAGCGAAAACUCCAAGCCCAGUAUAUGAGACUUUAAAUAAAGAUGUUGGACUCCAGUGGAUCAAAGCAACCAGAUUGUCAACAUUUCUGAGAAGCCUUCUAUAUUCUGAAUAUCGAAUUGCUAAACUUCUGUCACAAGCACAAAUCCUUGAGCUAAAGCACCCAAAGCAUCAACUAAUGAUGGGUAUUCGAGACCUUGUGUAUCUUACAGAAGAACAGGAAGAUAGUUAUGAGGUUGAGAGAAAAACCUCUUUAGAAUAUUUAAUGGAGGCUCUGCACAUUUCAAAAGGUAGGACUAAACUAGGAGAUUUGGAAGACUGGUACAGAAUACAAAAGUCUAUGAUAUCAGAUGACGUGUCAUCUGAUUCCAUGCUCGUCAUAUCAAGAGAAAUUUUCUCUGAAUCCGUCAUGAGUAAAUAUAGCAAGAGGGAAACUUCUAAAGGUGAAGAGGAAUCUUCAAGAGUAGAAGAUGAUCAUGAACAGGAAGCUGCCGCAGAGAUCCCAGUUAAAUGUGUAGUUUUCAAAGAAGUGUCUCCAAUAAUCUACUUGGAACCUUUUGAAGAUCUACUUGAGACGUCAUGUGAGGAAUCUGAAGCGAGUUAUUUGGAUUCGAUUCAGAGUUUAGACCAACUUGCUGCAUUAGUGACAGUUGCAACUUUUAAAAGUGCUUUGGCUAUGUUAGGCAGUAGUUCAGAAGAGAGGAUUAUGACGGAUUUAGCUGCAGAACCUUGUUUGUCGAAACUGAACACCUUCCAUUUUGGUGUUACAGUAGAUAAGCUGAAUAAAAAAGGGAAAUUUACUGUGCUGAAAGAGGAAACGGUCGAUGGAAACAAAUCUGGGAGCAAAGAUGCAAGCCAGGAAGCGAUCAUACUACCUAACAACCUUGAAGAAGAUAUAUCACCAUCAGAGAAUUUAGAAAAAGAUGUAACGCCAUCAAACAAUCUGGAACACGAUGUAACACCAUCAAACAACGUUGAAACACCAUCAAACAAUCUGGAACACGAUGUAACACCGUCAAACAAUCUGGAUCAAGAUGUAACCCCAUCGAACAAUGUUGAAGCACCAUCAAACAAUCUGGAACAAGAUGUAACACCAUCAGGCAAUAUGGAAGAAAAUGCAAAACCAUCAGACAAUGUUGAAGAAAAUGUGUUACCGAAAGAUGAGGAAGCUGAUGGGACUUCAUCAUAUAGUCUUGAAAGAGCUAGAACAGAGCCAAAUAUUCAUGAAAAGCAACCAUGCAAGAGAAAUAGUCUCCCUCUUGAUGUGGAAUCAUCAGAAGUUCUUGGAACUAUUUACACAAUUGAAGAAGAUCUCUCAUGGCAAGACUUGAUUCCCGAAGAGCGGGAAUCCGAAAUGACGAGCAAUGAACCAUUGGAUACCUACACUAUGGAAACCCAUCAAGAUUUCAGUAACUUCUACGACUUUUUGAAAGGAACUACGGGUGAGAAAUACUGGCAACUUUGGGUCAAUAUUGAUAGAAUAAAAUUGGUGAAAACUGACAUUCAAAAGCAAAUGCUGAUUGUGAAGAUCAACGAAAAUUUUGCUAAAAUAUCGGAAAAGUCAUCAUUCCAAAGGAGGAUUAGACGGAUGUUUAAAAAAUUAGACCUAAAUAAUUGUUCAGAAGAGGAAAUCAAGGACCUGCAAGCUUUACUAUUGCAGCCACUGAUGUUAUACUGGCUGCCACAUUAUUUGUUGAUCAGCUUGAUGAAGUUAGAAUUGUCCAAAUACCCAAGCUAUGCCAGUUUACUUAACAAUAAACGGAAACUGUGGUCAUCAAUAACUUGUGAGGAAAUCCGUGAAGAUAUGGAAGUUACUCAGACACCCCGGAUUUACAUGGUAGAAACCAAAGAAAAGGAAGCGCCAGAAUCAAAGCUUUUUCCUCCAGAUAUUUUGCGAUUACCUCCCCAAAUGCAAAGAACUGGGAUGCGUCGUACACAUUUACUCACAUCGUUGAAAAAUUGUGGAAAUUAUGGGAAUGCUGUUUUUAACAAUUUGGAGAAAACAAAGAAGGUGGUGACUGAUGGAAGCAAUAAAGAUAAAGUCAAGGAGGGACAACCCAUGCCUGAGACCAAAACCAAAUCGUAA